AGCGCUGCGCGGCGGCUGUCGCUAUGGCAGCGGGGCCGUGGGGCUGGGGGCUGGCGGUGCUGCCGCUGUUACUGUUGGCGGUCCUGCGCUGCGCCGCGCGCCGCCUGCGGACUCGUUCCGCCGCGGAAAGCGCGGGGGUGUCGCGGGAUGAUGACGUCAGCGCUCUGCUGGUGACGGCGCACCCCGAUGACGAAGUGAUGUUCUUCGCCCCCACGCUGCUCUGCCUGGGCAGGGCCGGCGCCCGCCUCGCGGUGCUGUGCUGCUCCGCAGGGAACUAUUACAAUCAAGGAGAGAUUCGUAAGAAAGAACUGGAACAAAGUUGUCGUCUGCUGGGGGUUCCUACAUCCAGUGUAACAGUCAUUGAUCACAGGGAUCUUCCAGACAAUCCUUCUGUUGAAUGGGACACACAGCUCCUCGCCUCCUUCGUGCUGAAGCAUAUAGAAGCCAACAACAUCAACCUGGUGGUAACUUUUGAUGCGGGAGGAGUGAGUGGUCAUGCUAACCACAUUUCUCUCUACACUGCUUUAAGGUACCUGCAUUCAGAGAGGAAGUUACCUGAAGGAUGCCGUGUGCUUGUCCUAGAGUCAGUAAAUCUCCUGCGGAAGUACAUCUCCAUCCUGGAUGUGCCCCUUUCCUGCCUCCUGCCCAGAGAUGUGCUCUUCAUACUCACAGAAGAAGAGACUCAGCAAGCCAGGAGAGCCAUGCAGUGUCAUCACAGCCAGCUCCUCUGGUUUCGCCGCAUCUAUAUGCUUUUCUCACGUUACGUGGUGAUCAAUUCUCUCCACCUUCUAGAAAAGACAACGCUUACAACUCAGGGAGUAAAAGAAUGAGCCAAAAAAAACUGUGCCAGGACAACCUCUAAAGAAACCCCAAUUAUUAGACACUCAAGAGGACGGGAUUCUCUCUGUGUAGUGUUCUUUCAGACUACAAAAAGCAGGUUGUAUAUAAACUUUCUUCUGAAUCUUGUUCCCUGAUACGUUGAGAUGAAGAGGGUUUAACAGCACUAUUUUCUCACUGUAGAAACUUAAAUAGGACAUGAAAAUUGAAUUAGCCUAAUAAGGACUCAAAAGAAGGGAUACUCUGCUAGAGAAGAUAUGGCACAAGCUAUUUUUCCUCUGGACACAGUUAUGAAGACAGCUUCGGACCUUUAUCUCUUGGUACUUUUGUAAAAUCCAAAUAUUAGGAGUGACUUUUAUGUUCUAUCUUCACAGAUAAAAUCAAACUACAAGACCCAUCUUACUCAAUCAGAACUUUUAAAAAGCCGAAGCUUAUGAAUAAAGCAUUUAUUUUUUCUAUUUGCACUGAUCUUUGCUG